CUGGAGCGCACGGAGAACUGACAGCUUGACAUCACGGUGGCUGGCACUUCGUGCGUCUGAAAGUACGGCUCUAAUCUGACGUAUUAUUUUCCACCUGGGAGAGGACGAAAGUUGACAACUUUGGAAAUGCAGUCGGAAUCGGGGAUCGUGCCCGACUUUGAAGUCGGAGAGGAUUUUCACGAAGAACCGAAAACGUAUUACGAGCUGAAGAGUCAGCCGCUGCAAAACAGUAAUCCUCCAGAGCAGCAGCAUGGCUCCUGUAAGCCCCCGCUGGGCUCGUCUCGAGUCCUGCUCCGCCAGCAGCUGAUGCGUGAGCAGCUCCAGCAGCAGGAGCGCAGAGAGCAGCAGAAACGCCAGAUCUCCAUCACACACAGCCCCGCCAUCAACGUCAGCCAUCCCUGCGGCCCGCCCAGCGCCGCACAGGUGCCCAUGGAGGUGCUGAAGGUUCAGACUCAUCUUGAAAACCCCACCAAGUAUCACAUCCAGCAGGCUCAGCGGCAGCAGGUGAAGGCGUAUCUGUCCACCACUCUGGGAGGAAAGCAGGCGGUGAGUUUGCCGUGUCCCAGCCAGGCCUCUGAUCACGGGGGAAUGCCUCCGGGGCCGGGAAACAGCGCCCCCAACAGUCCCAUGGCAUUACUGACCCUCAAUCCCAACUGCGAGAAAGAGAUGGACGAUGUCAUCGACGACAUCAUUGGUUUGGAAUCAAGUUACAGUGAUGACAUCAUGGGACUGUCGCUGGACCCCGGACUUCAGAUGGCCAACACGAUCCCGGUGUCGGCGAAUCUGUUGGACAUGUACAGUAACCCCGGUCUGCCUCCUCCAGGAAUCUCCAUCAGUAACUCGUGUCCUGCUAACAUGACCAGCAUUAAAAGGGAAUUCUCUGUGACUCCAUCUCCAGCCCUGAUGCACAUGAUGGACAAGCCCAGCUCCUGCAGCAAGUUCGAGAGCUACCAAAGACCUGAAGGCUUUCCUGUGGAGUCUGAAGUUCGGGCUCUCGCAAAGGAACGGCAAAAAAAGGACAACCAUAACUUAAUCGAGAGGCGACGGAGAUUCAACAUUAAUGAUCGAAUCAAAGAACUGGGCACUCUGAUUCCCAAGUCAAACGACCCGGACAUGCGCUGGAACAAGGGCACGAUUCUGAAGGCGUCGGUGGAUUACAUCAGGAAACUGCAGAGGGAGCAGCAGAGAGCAAAAGAGCUGGAGAACCGGCAGAAGAAGCUGGAGCACGUAAACCGCAACCUCUUGCUCAGGAUACAGGAGCUGGAGAUUCAGGCUCGAGCUCACGGUCUGGCUAUGUCUUCAUCUGCUCUGUGUGCGUCAGAACUCGCGGCGCGGGCCAUCAAACAGGAGCCGCUGCUGGGCGACUGCAGUCAGGACAUGUAUACACGCACCCACACACAUCCGGUCUGCGCCGACAUGAGCCGCUCCAGCACCCUGGACCUGAACAACGGCACAAUCAGCUUCAACGACACACACCUUUCAGACACGCACACCGCCAAACUGGACGACAUCCUAAUGGACGAAACACUGACGUCUGGAGCCACAAAUGAGUCUCUUAUCUCCGGUGCCUCCAACGAAAGCGCGCAAAAAGACAGCAUGAACAUGGAGGAGAACCAGCAUGUUUGUUAGUGCCACCAAAAACAAAAGUGGCGCUCGGGAUCGCUAAAGAGGAAGCUGUUUUAUCAAGUGCACAAGUAACAUGGACCCUUUUCGCAGUUUCGCAGCAUUGAUGUGCUCAUAGUUGGUAAACUCAGAGCGUAGUGAAUAGGAGAGUACAACAAAUCAUUAUUCUACAAUCCUAUUAGCUGAAAUACUAACAGAAUAACUCCAGGAUGGUGUUAUCAAGACUUUCAGAAAGAGGAAAACACUAGUGUGAGGCUGAUAACGGCAGCCAGAUGAGAGAAUCAUGGCAGAUUUACUGUCCCACUUUCGUACACGCUGCAUUAGAAAUGCUUCGCAUAGGUGGUAAUUCCUUAUUUAGUAAUUUGAUGCAAUGGUAAUAUAAUACAUUCAGAAAUACACAAAAGUGUACAUACGUUGUUUUCUUUAAUUUUUAAAAAUCGUAACUUUAAGUUUACGAUGACCGUCAAACGCGUCUUGUGAAAAGGGUCCAUUAUUUUUAUGUUUACACUCCUUUUAUUUGAUUGUGUUUUUAACCUGUCUACCCAAAUUGUGCUAUAAUAAUUGAGAUGCGUGCAUAAUAUCCAAUAAUCAAGGUCAGUAUCGGAAAGACAAAAAAAAGGAGUCUUUAGACUAUAAUUGAAUCAUCUUUGGGAUAUUCUAAAAGUGCACUUGAAUGGUGAUUGUUUUGAUUGUAUAGUAGCACGUCUGCGCACAGUUUAGAAGAUUAUUUUGUUUUUAUCUCCUUGUAAAAAGGAAAGCCUAAAGCAUUACGCUUCCCAUUAACAUAUUAAUCGACAGCUAAUAUCUAAUAGCACAGUACAUGUAGUAAACACAAACCUCUGAGCUGCAAUAUUUCAAAUAUGACCAUUAUUUACUCUCAUGUUGUUCUAAACCUAAUCAAAAAUCACACGUCACUGAAGUAUUAUAACAUCAGCUAACUAGUCAAAAAAAAAAAAAAACACAGGGCUUUCCCAAUAAUGAUGGAUCUUAGCUGUAAAAGCUGCUGGAUGUAUGUUUUUGACUCUUCUGAAGUAUAAAAGUACUAUAAUAUGUUUGCAGAUAUUUCAGAAACAUGCUAAAUGAACAUAUUUGUUCUUCUGAAAAACAAUGCUGAAGUCAGAUACUCUCUUUUGAGAACGCCUGUCUUUGUUUUGGUCUCUAUAACCAGCCCACUCCCAGCUUACUGAAUUAUACUUCAGGACUCCAGGUUGCCUUGGCGGAAAACAUGCGUAUUGAUUUCAAUCACAAAAGCGUCCUCAAUAUAUGCAAACGUGGCCAAAAAUGUGACCUCUGAAGGACAGCAGCAGCAGAAAUGAGUCAGAUUUAUUCAACUCCACCUUAGAAACAUUAGGUGAUCAGAUUACUGUUUAAAGUUUGAUCAUCAUGCACACUCACUCCUGUGUGUGCUGUCAUUCUGGCAACCUGCGUUACUCUGGAGUCGUCGUCAUUCGGAGGUGCGGUGUAAAAAAGCCCUUUCCAAUAUUUAGAAUUUUGGCUGUAAUACCUAGUUCAACCACUAGGUUGAACCUGUAUAAUAUAUCACUCCUAUAUACUGCACCUUUAAGAGCAUUCUCUGUGUGCAUUAUUACAAACACUCUUCGCUUCACAACAAUGCACAUAACUUGAAUGUGCGAAAACGAGUUGAGUCGCUGAUAAAUAUCUGAAAUUAAAGCUAAUAUGGAGUUGUAUCUUGAAUGUUUCACCCAAUAAUCGCCAUCAAAUUAGCACCGAAAAAGAAAGUCUAUAUGAAGCACCUUUACUUUUACUGUCCUCAUAGCUUUGUCUUUAAUAAUUAAUCAAGCGCAAUUAUAGGUCUACAAUGAUUUUCAAGUGCUACUUACACUCACUGGCCACUUUAUUAGGUACACCUGUCUAACUGCUCGUUAACGCACAUUUCUAAUCAGCCAAUCACAUGGCAGCAGCUCACUGCAUGUAGGCAUGUAGACAUGGUCAAGACGAUCUGCUGCAGGUCAAAGCGAGCAUCAGAAUGGGGAAGAAAGGGGAUUUAAGAGACGCUGAACGUGGCAUGGUUGUUGCUGCCAGACGGGCUGCUCUGAGUAUUACAGAAACUGCUGAUCUACUGGGAUUUUCACGCACAACCAUCUCUAGGGUUUACAGAGAAUGGUCUGACAAAGAGGAAAUAUCCAGUGAGUGGCAGUUCUGUGGGCGCAAAUGCCUUGUUGAUGCCAGAGGUCAGAGGAGAAUGGCCAGACUGGUUCCAGCUGAUAGAAAGGCAACAGUAACUCAAAUAAGCACUCGUUACAACCGAGGUCUGCAGAAGAGCAUCUCUGAACACACGACACGUCCAACCUUGAGGCGGAUGGGCUACAGCAGCAGAAGACCACACCGGGUGCCGCUCCUGUCAGCUAAGAACAGGAAACUGAGGCUACAAUUCACACAGGCUCACCAAAACUGGACAAUAGAAGAUUGGAGAAAUGUUGCCUGGUCUGAUGAGUCUCCAUUUCUGCUGACACAUUCAGAUGCUCGGCUUAGUAUGCACCAUGUCAUAAAGCUCCAAUCAUCUCAGACUGGUUCCUUGAACAUGACAAUGAGUUCACUGUACUCAAACGGCCUCCACAGUCACCAGAGCUCAAUCCAAUAGAGCAUUUUUGGGAUGUGGUGGAACGGGAGAUUGACAUCAUGGAUGUGCAGCCGACAAAUCUGCAGCAACUGUGUGAUGCUAUCAUGUCAAUAUGGAGCAAAAUCUCUGAGGAAUAUUUCCAGUAGCUUGUUGAAUCUACGACACCAAAGAUUAAGGCAGUUCUGAAGGCAAAAGUGGGUCCAACCCGGUACUAGUAAGGUGUACAUAAUAAAGUGGCCAGUGAAUGUAGAUUACAAUACUUUUGGGAAUCUGAAUGUAGCAUUAAGAUGUUACAUAUGAUCAUUUUUACGUUGUAUUUAAAGGCGUUGCACAGUCGGGCCCAGGUUUGUAACAACACGAGAGUUACUAUAAGAUUUAUUUCAUUUACCACACUGCAAUAAAUGAUUUUCCUAUUUAGAGUUUUUAAAUCUUCUUUCUAGUCCAAAUAUCUAAAAAAAAAAUCUUAAAUCAAGAAGCAUUUUCUAGACAAGCUAAAUAUAUUGUCUUGUUUUAAGCAAUAUGGCAAAAUAAAAGCAUAAUAUUAAGCAAAAUAAUCUUGAUUUUGAUUUAAGAUUAUUCUGCUUACCUCACUGGCAGAUUAUUUAGCUUGUUUAAGGAAAAUCUCACUUCAUUUUGACUCAUUAUUUCUAAAAAACAAUAUUUUUAGCUUGUCUAGAAAACAAUUUAAGAAUAUUUAGACGUUUGGACUAAAAACAAGACAAAAUCUCCGUAAGAAAAGCUUGUUCUGCAGCGCACAGCUCUUCCUAAUCAUUACUCAUUUGUAAAUAUUGAAAAAUCUGUUGAAUGUCUAACAUCGCUGAAUCUUUAUGCAACUUUUUGAUCCAAUCGCCUCUUCCAGAUGUAAAAACGCAUGUAAACCGAAGAUGUCUGGAUGACGUAUGUUUGCUAUCAGGACAUCUGUCCCUAAAUGAUGUUUCCUUUUCAAUUAUUAACCGAAGGCAGUAUUAAUUUAUUUAUGUUUGAAGGACGUCUUAUCGAUAUGACCGAAUGUGCAAAGCAAUAAGCAAUAUUUAUCAGAGACAAACCUUGAAGAACCGUUCUCGAGGUCAAAUGCAGUGCCUAUACGAUUAUGCAAACGCUCCUCACCUCAUAUGCAUUUCUCACCCAGCGGAUGUGUUUUCACACAGCGCUCAGCACCAACUAAUCCAUAAGAAUGUGAAAUAACUUCUUAACACAUCUUUGAUGACUAAAGGAAUAACCUGUCAAUCUUCAGACUCCAGUUUAUUACCCUUAAACACAUUUAUAUUUAACCUUUAACAUAUCCACAUGUUUAGAAGAGUGAGGAGGAAGAUCUGGGAUUUUUAUUCAUGUUUUUUAUUAGCGAAAACACUGGAAGAAGGAUUAUACCUUGAACAUUUUAAGAACUAUUUUAUAUUUUAUUCUAACACUUGUGUUUUUAUUAUUAUUAUUAUUAAUAACUCUUACAUGGUGUAAAUAACUGACUGUGUUUCUAAUAAUAAUAAGCUGUUACUGUGUAUUUCUACUGAUGUUUGCCUUGGCGUAGCAGUUUGUGCCACUAGAAUGAUCACAUACUGUAGGUACUAUAUUAAGUGUUGUUUGAUAGAACUAUGCAAAGAUAACGUUCAGAUGUGUUGAUGGGAAGAUGUUGUAGGAGUUUUAGUGUCGCUAUCUUAGUCAGAUCACUGUCAAGUGCCUUACUUUACAAACAUGGUACUUCAAGCAAUAGUUCGACGGAAAUAUGUGUCAAAUAGUGUGGCCAUUUCCUUGUGUUCGUGUUGAUCCAAACCUGCAGACUUUCUAUUCUAUCACCUGUCACAAUAUUAUAUUCACAAUAUUAGUUCUGUACAGGUGAAUGGAGACUGAGAUGAAAAAUAGACUUAUAUUUACUUAAACAUUUGAGGGCAAAAUUAUUCACCCUCCUGUGUAAUUUAAAUUCUUUGUCAAAUAUUUCCCAAAUUUCUCACAGUAUUUCCUCUAAUAUUUGUUCUUCUGGAGAAAGUCUUAUUUGUUUUAUUUCAGCUAGAAUAAAAGCAGUUUUUAAUAGUUUUUAAAGCCAUUUUAAGCUCAAUAUUAUUAGCCCCCUUCAGCAAUAUUAGUUUUGGAUUGUCUCCAGAAUAAACCACUGUUAUACAAUGACUUGCCUAAUUACCCUAACUUUACCCUAAUUACCCUAGUGAAGCCUUUAAAUGUCACUUUAAGCUGAAUACUAGUGUCUUGAAGAAUAUCUAGUCUAAUAUUAUGUGCUGUCAGCAUAUAUGCUGAUUUGCAAUUAUGCCUGCAUUCAUCUAUUUUCUGCUUUCAUUCCUGUAUAGGCAGCUCCAUAAUUCUUAGGUCAUGCCUACAUUUACAUGGGUAUUUUUAUGAACAGUUUUCCCCUCCUAUCUGACAAGUGAAGUUUUAUAAACUAGUUUCGAGAGAAGCAUGUGAUAUGAUUGAUCGCGGCUGGUCUCUCGUCCGUAAUCAGCAAUAAUCCAAUCAGAUUGAUCCAAGCCUACAAGAAAUAGACCGAUUUUACCCUACUGCCUUAAGCUGCGGUCACAUUUGAGAGUGCGAAAUUCUGUCGUACAGCACUAUGAACAGUGGCGGGAUUAAACCGAGAUG